AUGCGGCGGGGCCGGGCGCUGUCGGAUGCCGUGGGUGCGCUGUGCCGGGCCCUGCCGCCCCGCGUCCGCCCUGCUCCCGACACCCUCCGCCGUGCCAAGUUCGACCAGCCGCAGGCGAGCCUGGAUUUAUGGAGGCUGCUCUACACUCUUCUGAAACAAAUUCAUGGAGAAAAACGGACAGAGUCUGAUACCAUAGAUAACCAAAUUAGAUUUGUAAAGUCAGCAUUGUGGUACCAUGGCUAUGGCAGGCCAGGACUCUAUCAGCUGCCCUGUGAUGGCUCAGUGGGUAGUCGGGAGCUGCUGCUGGCGUUUUCCUGGCUACUGCAAAGACUCAACCUCCUGGAGAAGCUUUUGGCUCGGAACAGAGUAAAGACCGGGGAUGAAAUCUCUGUGUGCACGUGUGAAGAUGAGCUGCCAAAUUGCCAGGAAAGUGCAACUGCAAUGGUACCUGAAUAUGGGCUGGAAGACAGAGUAGAUGUUCGCUACCUGCAGUGGUUAAAUGGGAGGCUGAGGUUCCAGUGGCGGAGUCUGCAUGCUCAGCAGCAAGAGCAAUGCAAACUUUUGCACAAGAUCCAUUUAUUGACUAGUGGCUCCCAUGUGGACCAGAACCUUGGACAUUUGUCUGUCACAGAAAUGGAUCUCAUUAGGCAACCAGAGAACUACAAGCAGCUGUUACAGCUUCUGGAAUCUGAAACCAUGCAACUAGAAGCCUUUCUAGAGUGGAAGCAACUGGAACCAGUUUAUUGGCAAUGGAUGGAAACUGUGUUAGAUAGUGUGGCUGAAGAGGGAAGUACAUGUGAUUCCCAGGAUGCUCAUGUGCAGCCAAGCAGGCAGCAGGUGCCCCCAAGCUGCCCCUGGGCUGACAGCCUGACUGGGCAAAUCGAGAGGUUGUCCAGAGAUCUCAUGACCCUCCAUGACCACCUGCAUGAACUUGUAACACAACGAAGGGCUGCGUGGUGUGAGAAGGUGAAAACAAGAAAGGAAGAACUGCAGAAAGAGGGGUUCCCUGACAGUGCUAGGCAGAUACGGGAACGUGUUGAACUAAAGCUGCUAGAUCUCACCCGCCUUUGUGCUCCAAACAAAAAUAAAGCACAUGGUUCCUACAGACUGGUGCUCAGAAGCAAGCAUCCUACCAGCAAAAGGGGCUUCAGUAGGCCUGUAUCCAAGGAGCCUGUUUCAACUGUCAGUGCUACAGAGGUGAUCAGAGAGCUGCAGAUGAGAGAGGCCAGUCUGGAGAGAGAGCUGAAGCAGCUGCAGGAAGAGUGCAAGCAGAGGCUGGAUGCAAUUGCAGAAGGGUUGGAUGGAGUGAUUUGUAUCUCCCCUUGAAGAGAUAAAGCUGGUCUGAGAAAAGCAAAGGAAUUUGCUUCCUCUGACUUGAUCAGAGGACGUUGUGCAGCUUGGCACAAGGUGAGGAACCAAAUGUAAUUUCUAUUUUUUAAUUUCUAAUUUUUGAGCCUGGGAUCAUAACUCAUUACUGCUUUGUGACUUAUGCUGGGGCCAUAGCCUUGGUGGCUCUCUCUAGAGCUCCUUUAUUGCUAACCUUGCCAAUUAAAUUCUGCAGCAGGCCUUGGUGGGAGUGUGUGUAAAUCUCCCUUUUAUCUUCUGGGCUUCUAGUUCUUCUGCCAAGCUCUGGGCUCUUUAGAGUGCUCAGCUGCUAGGCAUGGCAUACAUUGAGGCUGCACAGAGAAGUGCUAGCUGCAUCCAGUAUUUUCCAGCAAAUGGAAAACUUCAUUAGCCAGGAAAAAAAAGAAUCCAAAUAUUAGAGAACAUGCAAAGCACCAAGGAAAUGUUCAAGCAAGUGUGCUGGCUUAAUUCAGCUGCUUUGCAUAGCUGUGGCAACUCUGAUGCAGCCACCAUAAGGAAAAACAAAUGCCUAAUAAUAAAUAAAACAACAGCCUGAUUUCAUUUACUGGUGUGAUGCACUUGAAGUAAUUGGGUUCUCAAAGAAAACAAACUAGGAACCUGUUCCACCGAGUUAUGAGUCACAAGAAGAUAACUUAUGGAUCUGCUAUGGAAAGUUUCUGUUAAAUAAAAAUAUGACCUUAAUUUCCAAGCUUGAGGAGUCUCCGAGCUCUGUCUCUGAAGGCUUUUCCCCCUGGAACAUGCAAAUAUUUUUCACUUGACAUUCAUUUCCUCCCCUUUUCUGUUUUGCUUUUAUCAAGGAAUAUUUUCAUACUCUCCUUGUACAUUUUCAGGAAUAAAUAAGUGUUUUUUAAAA